AUGCGUCUACUGAGCACGGAAAAUCUCCAAUUCUUCGAGUUCUAUGGCAAUGAUAUCCCACAAUAUGCAAUUCUGUCGCAUAGAUGGGAAUCCGACGAGAUCUCUUACCAAGACAUGCAUGAUACAAAAAAGCAUGAGAACAAGCAAGGCUUCCGCAAAAUUAGCCAAUUCCAAAAUGUUGUGUUUGUUGAUGCGAAUUGGAAGAAGUUUGGCACCGCCCGAGAUUUGAAAAAGAGCAUCAACGAAGUGACGGGCAUUGGUGUCCAAAACUUCAUUGGAGAAACGAAUUUACAGACACUCCGAGUAGGACGUGUUAUGUCUUGGGCCGCGAAGCGACAGACUACUCGAGUUGAGGAUCGUGCUUACUCGCUACUCGGCCUUACUGAGAUUGACCUGCCAAUGUUAUAUGGCCAAGGAGAGCGAGCAUUCCAGCGUCUCCAAGAGGAAAUACUUAAAGUAAAUGAUGAUGCCUCUAUACUAGUAUGGGGCUGUAUAGAUACUGACACUGACUUUACAUCUAAUGGCCUGGCUACUUCGCCAGCCAAUUUCCAGAAAUAUCCAAUUUUGGUACGCCCAAUGAAGCAAAUACAUUCAUUUGUGAACCUUCCUUCUACAUUGACGCCGCAAGGUCUGCAAACGACAUUAAGGAUCCGGAGAGAUCCAAUCGAUGACGCCAUUGGAUACGCUGUUCUGGUAGACCACAAAGGCCAACGUUUUAGACACCGGAUAUCUUUAAUUAUCCCUUUAAUGUUCCCCAGAACGGCUCCCUCUCGAUUUACUCCAGAGAAUGAGUGCGUUAGGUUCUCAGAUCCUGUUUGGGUCAGUUCGAAUUUUGUCGAAAAGGCCGUUCCAGAACUAGUUUGUUUCAUCAGAAAAGUUAAAGCACUGGAUAUCAAUUUCAAGCGCGAUGGAUUCAGCCUUGGCUCGAGGGUGUGGAAGAGUUAUUCUACGACAUUUACAUACCCAGUCCAAACACAGUCUGGAAAUCGGCAUUUCCCUGCCAUUCUUGGUGGAUUAUCACGAAAAGGGAAAGUCAAUCGACGAGGUUAUACCUUCAUUUUAGAAUUGACGGCUCUUAAGCAGGAGUCGGCAAGAUUUGUUGUCUUGGUUGACUAUCAGUUACACAACCAAAGAUUGGUCGAUACACCAACUGUCACAGUUAUCAACAUUAGAAGGCAGCUGUAUCUAGCAAAUGCGGUGCGGUUAGCGGAACGCCGGACAGCACGGAGCGCAUACGUCCCGUGCGAUCUCUUUGAUAAUCAUGGAAGAGCAAUUCCGAUGAAGGACAUUGUUCGAGUACAUGAAUUUAACAGUUACUGGAUUCAUGCUGAAGAUAACGAUUUCGACAAGCCACCGCCUCGCCUGGUUGGGGAAAUCUUCACUAUGGAGCUUAAUACUAUUACAGCCAAGCGGUAUGAUAAAAACGGGACCGCAAAAUGA